UGUUUAGAUGCGCAUUUUCGGUAUGCCGACAUGCUGUGCGCCGUGCGGUUCUUAGGUUAUGUUUAGUGUCACGCCGUUCCGGAUAAAUAUAACAUAUUAAAACGAUGUCAUUCCGCGGUCGAGGUGGUGGAGGAGGUUUUCGAGGUCGUGGAGGAGGUGGUGGCUUCCGGGGUGGCAGAGGAGGUGGUGGAGAUCGAAGGAGCAACUAUGAUCAGGGUCCACCAGAACAAGUAACUCCAUUGUGCCACUUUGAAUGGUCAGUGCAAGACGAUUUGGUUGCCAAAGUCGAUAUUGAGCAAGUUCCUUACUUCAAUGCUCCUAUUUACACAGAAAACAAACAACAAAUUGGAAAGAUAGACGAGAUUUUUGGAAACAUAAGGGACUACUACGUCUCUAUCAAACUGUCAGAAAACAUCAAAGCAUCGAGUUUUGAAAAAGACACAAAGCUAUUCAUAGACCCAGCCAAAUUACUGCCUCUUCAAAGGUUCCUGCCCAAGCCUCCAGGCUCAGUACAGAAACGCGGUGGAGGUGGUCGAGGAGGUAGAGGAGGCGGUGGCCGUGGAGGUUUUGGUGGCCGAGGAGGUGGCGGCGGAGGUCGCGGAGGUUUUGGAGGCCGAGGAGGUGGCGGUGGUUUUGGAGGCCGAGGUGGCGGCGGUGGAUUUGGUGGACGAGGUGGUGGCGGCGGUUUCGGAGGAGGCAGAGGAGGUGGUGGAUUCCGAGGUGGUCGAGGUGGCGGCGGUGGAGGCGGAGGCGGUGGAGGAUUCAGGGGCAGGGGCAAGUGGUAGCGUGGGAGUAGAGAUAUACAUACAUUUAUAUAGGCAUUUUUAUACCGAAAAGACCGAACGCAUUGCGAGUGAGGGCGCGAGAUGACACAUUAUUUACGCUACAAGUUGUUGAAUGCAGCUUUGUAAGAUUGACGAGUAAUUAAGCGAAGAAAACUAGAUUGCUGUAAUGAGAGUGUACAGGUUUAAAACGAGACUAUGUACGUAGGUUUUCCAAUGAAUCACUAUUUUUUGUUAAUAAAAAUUAUCAUCAUAGCAUGAUAUAAUUUAUUAUGCUUGACGAGUUAAAUGAAAUAUAA